AGCAGGGAUUACUCUUUACGGUACACUAUAAGAUGGCAAGGUUACGAUGAUCCGCGAGAAGAUACGCUGGAACGCGAAGCUCAUAUAACAUGUUAUCGUCCUAUUGUAAUGUAUUGGCUAUCGCUUUUCCCGCCUAGUCAUAAUUUCUUAGAAGAAUUGCGAGCUCAUCCCUGUUUUAAUGAAUUACCAAUGAAUGUACAGCUAACUAUUGGAGCGCUUGUUGUCAACUUUCUUCAAGGAGCAUCCCUUCGAUUCAUAGGAAUGGACGACAUCACUCCGAAAAUGUUAUACGUGGCUGUCAACAAUAGUGAUAUGUUCGGACCACCACGGUACAGCGAUCUGAAUGCUUUGUGUACGGCUGGGGAGCGGCGGAACGAGUUGGAAGUGAACACAGCGGUACAGUUCAAUAAUUACCCGUUCUGGGAAGACUCUUCGACGCUUACUUCAUUUGCAAGCUCUGAUGUUCUUCUCCUGGAUGAGCUUCCUACGGUCGUUGACCAGUCAGUGGCCAGAGAAUCACUGUUUACUGAAACCGAAGCAGUGACGUUUGCUUCGUUCAUCGCCCUUCCAGAUGGCAAGUGCCUUGAUCGACGCCUUGUCUGGGAUCUUAGUAGAUUUAUCACCCACUCG